ACAUUGCAAGCUGUAGUAGCCUUGAAUAAGAUGACAGCCAUCUCCCCAGACCCUCAAACUCUGGCCUCAAGUGAACCAAGCAAGGUCCUGAGAAUGGAUACUCCUGGGGAUCAAGAAGCUAUCCUGAGAGGAGACAGUACUGACCCAGAGACUUUCAGACAGAGAUUCAGAUGGUUUUGUUACUCAGAAGUGACUGGACCCAGAAAAGCCCUAAAUCAACUCUGGGAUCUCUGCAUUCAGUGGCUGAGACCAGACAUCCACACGAAAGAACAGAUUUUAGAGCUUUUGGUAUUUGAGCAAUUCCUGACCAUUUUGCCUGGGGAGAUCAGAUUUUGGGUAAAGUCACAACAUCCUGAGAGCAGUGAGGAAGUGGUGACCCUAAUAGAGGAUUUGACCCAAAUGCUUGAAGAAAAGGAAGAUCCAGUCUCUGAAGAGUCUGUUAUUUCCCAAGAGGAGAACCCUGAAGAAAAUAAAGUGGUUUCUGUCCUUCCAAGUACUGAGUCCCAGGAAUCCGUGACAUUCAAGGAUGUGGUGGUCAGCUUUUCCAGAGGAGAGUGGAGGAGGCUGGAGCCUUUUCAGAAGGAGCUCUAUAAGGAAGUGCUACUGGAGAACUUUAGGAACCUAGAGUUUCUGGGCUUUCCAGUUUCCAAAUUAGAUUUGAUUUCCCAGUUUAAGUGGGUUGAACUGCCAUGGCUGCUGGAAAAAGAAAUUUCAAAAGGCUCCAGACCAGAGGGUGAACCUAGAGGUGAACUGAAGGAAUCCUCUCGAAAUCAAGAUGUUCUUCUGGAAGAAUCAACUUUAGAUAAAAUAAUAGAAAGAUGCCUAAUGGGUGCUAAUUAUGGCUUGAUGGGAGAGUCCUGGAAACGUAGCAGUAAGGAAUAUUCGCAAGUCGCAGGCACACAAAAGAAAACUCAUGGGAGAGUUAGUAAGGGUGAGGAAUUUGACCCAGAAAAGAGCCCCUUUGGAAGUAAUUUCAAGCAAACCUCGGAAAUAAUUAAACAUCUGAGAGUCUACUUAAGGAAGAAAUCUCGGAGGUAUAAUGAAUGCAAGAAACCCUUCAGUUUUCAUUCAGACCUUAUUCUGAACCGCAAAGAACACACUGGAGAGAAGCCAUGGAAAUGUAAUGAAGGCAGGAAAGUCUUAGGUCACUCUUCCUCCCUAACUGAACAUCAGAAACAUCAGAAAAUGCAUUUGGGGGGGAAGACCCAGAAGUGCACUAAUUGUGGGAUAGCCUUUACGCGGAGCUCAUCCCUUAAGAGAAAAAACUCCUCUAUGUGUGAAAAAUGUUGGAAAAAUUUAAAUCAAGAUGUAACCUCAGAUAAAGAUGAGGGAGCUGAGACGGGAGAGAAGACCCACAAAUGUAGCAAAUGUGGAAAAGCCUUUGGCUACAGUGCCUCACUGACCAAACAUAGGAGAAUUCACACAGGGGAGAAACCCUACAUGUGCAAUGAAUGUGGAAAAGCUUUCAGUGACAGUUCAUCUCUCACGCCACAUCACAGAACUCACAGUGGAGAGAAACCCUACAAAUGCGAUGAUUGUGGAAAAGCUUUCACCCUGAGUGCCCACCUCAUCAAACAUCAGAGAGUUCACACUGGAGAAAAACCCUAUAAAUGUAAAGAAUGCGGGAGACCCUUCAGUGACAGUUCCUCUCUUAUUCAACAUCAGCGAAUUCAUACCGGAGAAAAACCCUACACGUGUAACAACUGCGGAAAAUCCUUCAGUCACAGCUCGUCCCUUUCCAAACAUCAGAGGAUUCAUACUGGAGAGAAGCCCUAUAAAUGCGGUGAAUGUGGAAAAGCCUUUAGACAGAAUUCUUGCCUUACUCGACAUCAGAGGAUCCACACUGGAGAAAAACCCUAUUUGUGUAAUGACUGCGGGAUGACGUUCAGCCAUUUUACGUCUGUCAUUUAUCAUCAGAGACUUCAUUCAGGAGAAAAACCCUACAAGUGUAACCAGUGUGAGAAAGCCUUCCCUACCCAUUCACUCCUCAGUCGUCAUCAGAGAAUUCAUACUGGCGUAAAACCGUAUAAAUGUAAAGAAUGUGGGAAAUCUUUCAGUCAGAGUUCAUCUCUUAACGAGCAUCAUCGAAUUCAUACCGGAGAGAAGCCCUAUGAAUGUAACUACUGCGGAGCAACCUUCAGCCGGAGCUCAAUCCUUGUAGAACACCUAAAAAUCCACACCGGAAGGAGAGAAUAUGAAUGUAACGAAUGUGAAAAGACAUUUAAGAGUAACUCAGGCCUCAUCAGACAUCGGGGAUUUCAUUCUGGAGAGUAAUUCUUGAAAUACAGUAAGGUGGGUUGGGGGGGUGUGUGUGUGUGGAAUCUCAUCACAUUGUCCCUUAUUAAAAACCCAGGGUGUAAACUACCACAGCAUUAAUCAGUAGCUACCACUCUAAAGGGUUGGCGGCUGGGAAAAACACUCUUUGUCACUUACCACUCUCCUUUGGUAGAUCAUAAGUAGGGUUGGUAAAGUCCCGUGGAAAGUGAAGAAAGCAGGAUGAGAUGGGCAAUGGUUCUAAAAGGCCAAGUGCAGAUUUAAAAAGCAAGAGGAGGUGCACGGGACCCACUGACGAACCUUUUUUCUUCAAUAGAUUUCCCUCUUCUAGCUUCUAGCAAGAACUGGUCUCAAGUCAUAACCUAGGUUCUGGGUUCUGGCCCAGUUUGCCAGCCAGCUCACUAUAACUUUGGGCACAUCAUUUGACUUUUCUAAAUUUGAGUUUUCUUUACUGGUGGCACAAGGGGGGGGGGUGUCACGAUUUCCAAGUUUACUUCCGAUCCUCUCUGAAGCUGUGGGAAUAAGUGAAACGCUUUUGGUUCAUUGGAAUUUUCAAGUUUCUCUAGUAGAAAAGCACUCAUUUAAGAUCCUGAACUGAGAAUGCAGUAUACUUGUUGAAUGCCUCACACCGGAAUCCCUAGAAUAUCAACAGGAACGAGUCGGUGGAGCUCACACGUGUGUGUCUUCAGGGAAUGUUUUAACUGGACAAAGUACCCCAACCUGUUUUUCCCUCUGGGCUUUGACUGAGGGGAUUAGGAAUCUAGAGGGCAUAUGUUGGAACCAUCUCAGCCAUGAGAGUACCAGUCCUAGGAAAAUGGGUUGGGGGCUGGGGAGGGGGGU